AUGGUUAACCUCACUCUCGGCGCCACGGUCCCCAUCGGCCCAACCAUCUCUGCACGGCUCAAAGACCUCCUAACCAAAAACAACAAUGACUCCAACGACUUGCCUACCGUAGAAGACUACCUCUCCCAAGAAAACCCACCUAAAUUCAGCGGUGCGCUUGGGUCGGGUAGGGCAGGCCAACAACUCACCACUGUUCCUUGCGCGAAUCUGAAACGCCAGGUGCCGGGGUCGGGUCCGUUUGUGCAGUGUAUGAGUCCUGGGACUUUGGUAUGUUCUCAGUGUCUUCUUGUCAAGUACUGCUCCGCAGAAUGCCAAAAACAGCACUGGAAAAAACACCGCAAAGAAACCUGCCAAAGCCCCUUACUCGACUCCGAGUCGGAUGACGCGUCCCAGCCUCAGUGGGUCCCCGCAUGGUUCAAAGAGAAAAGGCAGCCCCAGUUCGUAGGUGAACAGCCUGAAAGCCCUGUCCCCCGCCAUUUAAUCACGAAUUAUAAUAUCACGCUGUGGGGCGAAACGCCUCCUGUUGAUCUUUUGAAUUUGGAGGGGAAUGAGGGGGAGGUUGGGAGGGGGUAUAAGAUUUGUUUUGCUCGCAAUCAAGGAGGAGACAUCCGCAACCUCGUGCAUACAGUCAACUCCCUCCCGGAAGAUUUCACGGGAACGCUGGAUAUCCUGUACCACGACCAAAAGACGAUUCAAGCAGGACACACCCUCCUCGUCCUCUACGCGCUCCUAAACCCCGAGUUGCCCAUCGACGAAGCGGCAGAGUUCGCAGUGCACUUGAUGUACUCUGCAGCGCUCACAACACCCAUGGCGGCUUACCUCUACCGGUGCAUACACACCAUCUACGGGGCCUUUGAAGGCCUCGACGGGAACCCGUUCGACGAUGCGCAUAAAGGCAAGACGUACGAUGCCAAGCUGCCCAUUCGGGGCGGUAGGACUUUGGAAGCGGUACACGAAGCGUGGAUGUUGGGCCUGUUCUUGGAGCAGUACGUCUCGGAUUACAAGCUCAAGACUGCCCAGCGCAAAAUGGCAAAGGUGAUGCAGAACCCGAAGCGUGAGGAUUUCGCGGAGCGGUUUAUGGUUCCUUUGGAGGGGCAGCAUCGGGUUGGGAUCACCCAUUUUCGCAAGUCGGGGAUUUUGCUCCCUUUUAAUGUGGAUGCGGCUCAUUUUGAUCAGCCUAAUCGACUUAUGCAUGGAAAUAUGGGGGAAUGGUUCGCACGACACGUCGCACACCCCCUCUCAGGCUGGCCCGUCUCCCAUCUUCGACAAUCAGGCUUAGCACACGGCGCACUACCCACCGACAUCUGGGGCUGCUUCUUCUUCCACGUCAAAUCGCAAUUCCAAGAAUUCGCAAGGAGGGUGCAGAAAUUCAACAUCAACAUCACGGUAGCUACGCUCCCCAGAGACGCAAUACCUCAAAGGAUUCGCGAUGGUAAACUCGGCAAGGCUUUCCAAAGAGGAGGAGGAUGCUUCGAUAGGAUCGAUAUGGGGUUGAUUGUGGAUCCGCAUCUGAGGAUUAAUGAUACGCUCGAGUUGUGGAUCCCGUUGUUGAACAAGGAGAACCCGCACGCUGAGAUGCUCAUGCAAAUCAACGAACUUGCCUUUCACGCAGAGACGGCUGCGCCUAACCUCUCUGAUCUGAUGAUCACUUGCUCCAAGGCCUUGAACCUAGACUUGCGACGAAUAGGGAGAGAAGGCCAGACCUCCCCGAGCUUGUAUCGUAUCAUGGAAUCAGUAGACGCGUUCCACGACAAUUCUGAUGCGUUCAAGACUUAUUUCCGUGGUCUUGGUGUGGAGAGAACGGCUGCUGCUCUUGGAGUUAAGGCGAGAGAUGUGCAUAGGAUUCAUCCACAGCGGCAUGGCGUUCCUGUAGGAUCGCCUGAACAUACGAUUCCCAAGCUCAGUUCUGCAGAGUUUUAUGACCUAUGUGAGUGUUCUUCUGAUGCUCCACCGGCGAGGGACUCUUACAGUCCUUUUUUCAAAAGUCACAUUAGGCAGCGCCGACCCAGCAACGCGAUACGUAGAAUUUGGGGUGGUCGUCAAAGCAUGAAAGUACCCUCGGUCUGUCCUAUGUCCGGACUUGAUUUGUAUCUACGCACGCAAAGGAAUUCUAGAAACUCUGCAUUCAUCAUGAUUUCAUACGCUGACUCUCAGACUCUGACGAAUCAUCCCUUCGAAAUGAAUGUAAUCAACUGA